AGGCCACGCCCCAAAAGUGGGUUGAUUUUUCAGAGCGGUCACGUUGCGUUGCGGCAUUGAAACGGGAGGCUGUCGACAGAAGUACAUCCUUUGCAUCACUCAUCGCCUAAGCAGGUCUCUUUGAGCUUCAGACAUCAUGACGCACCAGUACCCCGCUCUCACGACCGAGCAGAAGAAAGAGCUGCAGGACAUCGCUCAGCGAAUCGUAGCUCCCGGAAAGGGCAUCCUGGCUGCAGAUGAAUCCACAGGUAGCAUGGCUAAGCGUCUGAACCCCAUUGGUGUUGAGAACACAGAGGAGAACCGUCGUCUGUAUCGCCAGCUCCUCUUCUCAGCUGACGAGCGCAUUGACAAGUGCAUCGGCGGUGUCAUCUUCUUUCACGAGACCCUGUAUCAGAACGCCGAUGAUGGCACCAACUUCGCCAAAAUGAUUAAGGACAGGGGCAUUGUUGUGGGCAUCAAGGUUGACAAGGGUGUCGUCCCUCUGGCGGGAACAAAUGGCGAGACCACAACACAGGGGCUCGAUGGCCUGUCAGAACGCUGUGCUCAGUAUAAGAAAGAUGGUGCAGACUUCGCCAAGUGGCGCUCUGUGCUGAAAAUCAGCGAGACCACACCCUCAGAGUUAGCCAUCAUGGAGAACGCCAAUGUCCUGGCCCGCUACGCCAGCAUCUGCCAGCAGAAUGGCAUUGUGCCCAUUGUGGAGCCUGAGAUUUUGCCAGAUGGCGACCAUGACUUGAAGCGCUGCCAGUAUGUUACAGAAAAGGUCCUUGCUGCCUGUUACAAAGCCCUGUCUGACCAUCACGUUUAUCUGGAGGGUACUCUUCUGAAACCCAACAUGGUGACCGCUGGACACUCCUGCCCUACCAAAUACAGCAAUCAAGAGAUUGCCAUGGCAACAGUGACAGCGCUGCGCCGCACUGUUCCCCCCGCAGUAACAGGUGUGACCUUCCUCUCUGGAGGCCAGAGUGAGGAAGAGGCCUCUGUUAACCUGAACGCCAUCAACAACUGCCCUCUGAACAAACCCUGGGCCCUCACCUUCUCUUACGGACGUGCCCUGCAGGCUUCUGCCCUUAACGCCUGGCGUGGAGCCAAAGAAAAUGAGAAGGCGGCCACAGAGGAGUUUAUCAAACGUGCUGUGGUUAAUGGUUUGGCUGCUCAGGGCAAGUACGUCUCCAGUGGAACUGGUGGAGCGGCGGGACAGUCCCUUUACGUGGCCAACCAUGCCUACUGAACAACCUGUAUUGCAACGUUCCAGCUUCCGCCAGCCAAUAGUAUAGUGCACAGCUGCUACCCGUCUUGUCACCGACCAAUCACAGGCCUGCGCUGUCUUCUGUACUUUAGGGUUGUCAUUGCAAUGUCUCAUAUUGUAACUAUUUAAAAUGUAUUAAACUUUAGAAAAGCGAGAUAAAGAAAGUAACGCAGGAGAUUAAAAAUAUUAUUUUUUAAAAGUUCUGGGGAUGAUUUCAUGCUAUGAUUAAAGAGACAGUAUUUUUGUGCACCUGUAGCUGGUUUUAAAUUAUGUAUGAACAUGUGAUUCAGCCUUUUUUCCAACAUCAUUCCAAAUUCAGGCACCAGCCGCUCUAGUUGACUCUUCACAUUCCUUUUCAGUGCAGCAUGGACUCAUAAUAAAGACUUUGUGUCUUGUGUGGAUGACAUGGUGCUGGAGUGCGAGUCAUUGAAUGCCAUCAGGGUUGGUUUAUUAUGUAGGAAAGAAACAGAGUAAUAUAUACAGAAUUGCUCAGUAGUCUUGUAUUAAACACUGGCAGCAUGACAGCAAGGUUAAUGUGAUUAGCUCCACCAGACAUUCAGAAAUAUUAUUUUGUGUUGUGUUCACAUUUAAUAGUAAUGCAUUGUCUGGGCUGUGUGCAUACUGUUCAAAAGAUUUAAUAUAAAAUACUAACAAUAUUAGUUUGAAAACAUGGGAUUUAUUUUGAAAUUGUGCUCUGUUGUAAUUGUGUGCUUGACUGUACCAAGCUGUUCCUCUCCUCCCCUUAUUUGUGACACAGUGCUAAAUGAAUAAUAUGAUUUUAUUGGCGUAAACGGCGGGGCGGACUGCUCUGUUGACAAAAAAUGUGAUAUUGUGACGUGAUAUUGUUCUUUAAGCACUUUGUGUGUCAAAUAGUAACAACUAAAAUAAAAUAAUUAAAAACCUCAGAA